AGAAAAACCGGUGGCGUUUGUUAUCUAGCAAUGUUUAUGUACUGACUUAGCUUUUCUUUCUGAUCCUUGAGUAAGCCGAGAAAUUUGAAUUAAAAUAAGAAUACUAGGAUUCGUCUCGCAAUUUUAUAUAGAUACGCAUUGACGAGAUAUUUACAAAUCUCAAGACGCAUUUGAAAAUUUGACUAUUUACUAUGGAAGUUAAUGAUGAAAUGCUUCCCCACGAUGAAACAGAGGACCAAAUACAAGCUCAUCAGGAACAAAGUUUUGAAGAAAUUAAUGAAGAUGAAACAAUAGAAGACAGCCAACUGGAUGACCAAUGUGAUGUGUCACAGGACCUAUCCCUUGCAAGCCACAGCUCUCAUGAAUGUACAAACGAUUUGAACACACUUGAUUCAAACAAUGUAGAUAGAUCGACAGCCUCCAUUACUCCAGGAGCAGAUGAAGAAGAAAAUAUUGAUGGUGGUGUGGGUAGACGCAAAUAUAAGCGUAAAGUGUAUGAUCUGAAUGCCACUAGAGAAAAACUCCCACGUCGUGCAAAAGAUCUGCCAUUUGAAUCUGAUCCUGAUUUUGUGAAAGUUCCACCACCAGCCCAGCAUGUCAGAGGAAGAGGAAGAGGACGUGGUCGGAAGAAACUUUUGGAUGUCGAUACCUUCGACAGCAAUGUACAAACACCUGGAGAUAAUACUGAGCCUGUAUUCAAUACCCCUACCAGAGGUCGUGGACGAGGGCGAGGACGAGGUGGUGGACGAACACCCAAAAUCAAAACCCCUCGUGGAGCUGCUCGACCGAGGCUCCCAAAGUUUCAGGUUUUGGAAGAAGAUACUAGAAUGAGUGUAGAAAAUUCAUUUGGGGGAUCAGCAACAUUCAGUACACCCGUACAGGGGCAGGUUAUGAGUGAAUCUCCUUGGAAAACGUUAGGCACUCCAAACGUUAAGAAGAAGUUGGGCAGUCGGGAAAUCUUUGACGCGAGCUCUCAAGCACCGAUUACCGCUGCACAACUAGUAGAGUACGCUUGGCCGUGUGACGACACGAAUGCCGAACUAUGGAUGGUACAAGAACAGGUGAUCUCCUAUUUGUCCAUUAAAGGUAAUUUCAAGAGAAAGUAUCCUGACAUGAAGCGUCGACCGGUGGAAAUGGUGGAACGUGAUUGGCUUCGAGAACGAAAUGUAGUAAAUGAAACACAAGCUAACCUUGGACUGACAGCUUUAUUGAGUUGCGAGGUGCUUGAUCUGUUCUUCAACGUGUUUCCUGACAAAUACGAAGAAUACUUGGCAGCCCAAAGUGAAAAGAAAGAACAGGCUUAUAAGUCGAAGACCAAAGGAGUGACUGCCGUUGCCACUCCUGCUGCUCCAGCAGAAAAAAAACCAUUCGACCCGCGACUGCGAGCUAUCAAGGCUGCGGCCAAAUGGAACGUCAUGUUCAAUAAAGAACGCGUAGAAGAGCGCCUUCAUUGCCUGGACUUACAGACAUUCACAGUGCAAAUCCCGAGACGACCGACUAUGCUUAAACCAAUCUCCGCCCCCUCAGAUCCUUACCCCGUCGCAGUGAUUCCUGGGCAAUUCUCAUCAUUUUUCAAAACUUAUAGCCCUUACCAGCUCAACUGUUUACCAAUAGGUACAGUAAUGAGAGGACCAUUAGUUGACCAGCCUGACAAUAAUCAGAGGCGGAAAAGGCGGCCGACAAAUGGGUCUCCCACGAGAGCCGAUUCCGCCAUAGCAAGUCAGACAGAAUCUGAUGAUACGAGUUCCUCUUCAGAUGACUCCAGCUCGGAUUCUAGCGAUGAAGACAGUUCUAGCUCCAGCCCGGAUGACGACGGGGAAUCGGAUGAGGAAGAUCGCCCGCUUUACUCCGGACAGCCAGGCAUUUGUAAGCUUUGCCGAGGAGAUAGACGGCAAAAUAAGUCGGGUCGUCCUGAGCCACUCGUCCGUUGUGCUAAAUGCCAAGCCGAUGGUCAUCUAAGUUGCUGGAAUUUGGACAUUAAUAUGAUGCCACAAGUAGCAGCAUAUUCUUGGGAAUGUAACGAUUGCAAGACUUGCGAUCAAUGCCACGAUCCAGCUGAUGAAGAGAAAAUGUUGUUCUGCGACUUUUGUGAUCGAGGUUACCAUACAUAUUGCGUUGGAUUGCGCAGCAUACCUGAGGGACGGUGGAAUUGUCCGUUCCGUUCAUGUACUGAGAAAGCCCAAGCCAAAUUGAAGAAAAAAUGAAAAAAAAAAAUACUAUAAUUAUAAAAAUAAAAAAAAAAAUUUUUUAAAUUUUAAUAUUGACUGUC